GGCGGCUGCGAGGCCCCGCCCUGGCAUUUGUCGCCUCCUCGCCGGUCCAAGGCACGCAACCGCGCCGUCACAGAUCUCGAUAACUUUCCUUGGAGUAAACAGCCCUUGUGCAGAUCGCGUCCGGCGUGCCAAGCACGUGUGCAAGUGGCUCCGCUGGUUGGUCCGAGGCGCCUUCCCGAAAGUACACACUUUGACUUAAAAGCGAGCUCAAGAACACUUUCCCUUGACGGUGGUUGUUCCGCGAGGGCGGACUGUCGCAGCGAAAUCGCGCGGGCGGGAGGCAUAGGUUGCAUGCGCUUUGGUCACCAUUCUGCCAUCGCAGCAGAUGAGCUCGGUAGCCGCGGCCGCAGUUGCCGCCGCUGCUGCCGGGGUGUGGCCGCCGGCCUCUGUCGACGACAUGCCGCACAAAGCUUUAGACCAGCAAGCGAAGAACUUGUCUCCAACAGCAUCGCCAGGCUUCAAUGCGCGGUACCCUUGUCAUAGUGGUGUGAACCAGCUAGGGGGUGUUUUUGUCGGCGGCCGACCCUUGCCUGAUUCCACGAGACAGAAAAUCGUCGAGCUUGCCCACUCUGGAGCGCGGCCGUGUGAUAUUUCCAGGAUUCUCCAGGUCUCCAAUGGCUGUGUCUCAAAAAUUUUAGGCCGUUAUUACGAGACUGGUUCAAUUCGGCCACGAGCGAUCGGAGGGUCCAAGCCGCGCGUGGCCACAGCUGAGGUUGUGGCCAAAAUCGCGCAGUACAAACGAGAAUGUCCGUCGAUCUUCGCCUGGGAAAUCAGGGACCGUCUGCUGCAGGACGGCGUUUGCACCAACGAAAACAUCCCCAGCGUCUCGUCAAUCAAUCGUGUGUUAAGAAACUUGGCCGCCCAAAAGGAGCAGCAGCAACAGCACCAACAGCAAAGUCCUGUGCAAGGGGACGCAGCCUAUGAAAAGAUAAGACUCCUAAGUAGUCAGGCAACUGCAGUAAGUUGGCCUCGUCCAACUCAUUGGUACGCACCAGCCACCAGCCCUUUUCCCAGUGGACAUCAAGCUAGUCCGAGUCCUGGCCUCAACGGGGGAUGCACGAUCCUUUCAGAUCACGAUUUAGGACCAAAGAAAGUGACAGAUUUGGAUGCCGUCCCCUCCGACGAGACGAAUUCCGUUGGCGACAACUCGAACUGCGGCGACUCUCCUGUGGGUUGCACUGACGAUGACCAGGCACGUCUGCGGCUCAAGAGGAAAUUGCAGAGGAACAGGACCUCCUUCACUAAUGAGCAGAUUGAGAGUCUGGAGAAAGAAUUUGAGAGAACGCACUAUCCCGACGUUUUCGCCCGCGAAAGGCUGGCUGCCAAAAUCGGUCUUCCCGAGGCUCGAAUACAGCAGGUUUGGUUCAGCAACCGCAGAGCUAAGUGGCGGCGCGAAGAGAAACUCCGCAACCAGCGCAGAGGCGGCGCUGCCCCGCCGCCGGAGCACCCGCCGUCACACCUGCACCAAGGGGGCAGCGGGGGCGCCUCGCCCACCAGGGGUCUCGUCAACGGCACCACCAGUUUCUCCAACAGCCCCAUGUACUCAUCCAUUCCUCCACCACCAUCGAUGACCAUGGCAGAUACUUACAACGGUCCAAUGACUCCAAUGCCGAGCUUCAGUAUGGCCAAUCAAGGGGCCAGCAUGGGCCACGUGCCAUCUGCUUCCUGCCUGCAGCAGCGUGAUCCCACCUACGCUUGCAUGACGCGCUCUUCUCACUACGGAGACCCGCUGGCUCUAGGCCCCUACGGUAGACCCUCUCCCUGCAGCCCCUCUCAAGCUUAUCAGGGCAUGAAUGGCCAAUAUGGCACCAAUGGCUCCUCCUCAACAGGUUUGAUUUCUCCUGGAGUGUCUGUUCCGAUCGCCGUACCUGGCCAGCAUGGUGAACAGUACUCAUGGUCUCGGUUUCCGUGACAGUGGUGGGCCUGAGACUCGCUGUGCCCCAUGGUGGAGCAGAGCGGCGUCCUGAGUGGUGCUGACUCAUCCCCAGGGGCAACUUCCUCGACGAGCAAUCUGGCCAGCAAUGAUGCUAACAGCAACGAACAGCACUACUCGGAAGUACAGCACUGGCAGCCACCCCAGCUUGGCCCCAUAGCGAGCCAUGAGCAGGCGCCCGACCCUGAAACUACCAAUUGAACGGAAGUUUGGACUAUUGAUAGGAUUUUAAAUGAUCAUCAGAAGCACUGUGUUGUAUUGUAUAGUAUUGGAAUUGGGGUUGAGAAAUUUGGACUGAAAACCCCGAUUUGUUUUUGGUUUAUAUCGUACUACUAGGUUAUUUAAGUGCAGGGAAACGUUUUUUUGGGGGCGUUGAGAGAUAUGUCAUGGUUUCAAACAUAUCUUGUAAUUUACGUUAAAUUAUCAGUCAUUGUACAGCAGCAAUUUUACACAUUGAGUUUACUACCAUUUAUAUUUCUAUGUUUCUUACGAAUGUUUUUAAUUAAUUUAUAUGUUUUAAAAUUGGAUCAUAAUUGGACACAGCUGAACUUGAAAGCAAAUUUAAAAAAAAACUCGAAUGAGAAGAAAUAUUGUUUUGAAGAAACGGUCUAAGUUUCUCGACCCUAGUCAUAAAUAUUAUUGCAUAUUAUAUUAUUCGUUUCUUUGUAUAUCAGAAAAAUCAUUGCUCUGUAUAAAGCGCAGUCUCAAAAAAACAGUAGCAAGAAAACUUGGACGAAAUUAGCGCUGGACUGCGGAUUGGUCUCUAUCAUGCUGGCCUGCGAGCAAUAGUGAGAAUUAAAGCAGGCCACAGGCAUUUACUAGCUGUUUGCCAACUGCUUGCAGUGGUGAACUCCGCAGUUCAAGAGUUUCAUAUAAUUUUGGAAAUAAAUUAAACGCAUAGAAUAUAAAAAAUACUUAUUAGCACUAGAGAAAAUGAUUGCAAAAAUCAUACAUACAAAAUGAUCUCUGCGACAAAGUUUUGUGUUAAAAUGCACACUCAGCAUUUUAAGCUGAUAUUAAUUAAUGUUAAGUAAGGUAAGGCGUGAAAAGUGUAAAAUUUAAAUGAUCCAUUGCAUUAUCACUGUAAAAAUUUAAUGCUAUUAACUGGGUAUGACAUCCACUCGACUUUGUAAAUAAGGAAUACAAGUUUCAAAAUAAAGUUCAGUAAAUCUGGUGUAAAAUA